AGAAACGGCAGUCUAUCUUAGUUUGUGGUCUUCACUCUUCGGCAGCAAAGAGUUCAAAAUGUUCAUCUACACCUUCGCACUCUUCUGGUUGGCAGUAGCGUUUGCCAUCCGCUACAUCUACUCGUACUGGGAUCGGAAUGGAUUGCCGAGCAUCAAACCGCACAUCCCUUACGGCAACCUGAAAGCCGUGGCCAACAGGACGGAAUCUUUCGGAGUUGCCACAUGUGACCUCUACUGGAAGUCCAAGGAUCGACUGGUGGGAAUCUAUCUGUUCUUUCGGCCGGCUGUGCUGAUUCGAGAUGCGCACUUAGCACAGCAAAUAAUGACGACGGACUUCAGCCAUUUUCACGACCGUGGCGUUUUCUGCAACGAAGAAGUCGAUCCUUUCUCUGCGAAUCUGUUCGCUCUUGCUGGGAAGCGUUGGCGCAAUCUGAGGAACAAGUUUACCCCACUGUUCACCGCCGGACAACUUCGCUGCAUGAUGCCUAUCAUUCUAAGCGUUGGACACAAGCUGCAGAAUGUCCUCGAGCCAGCUGCCAAAAAACAGGAAGUGUUGGAAAUUCGCGAAUUGGUGUCACGAUGUGUGUUGGACAUAAUUGCUUCGGUAUUUUUCGGUUUCGAAGCAAACUGUAUUAAUGAUCCGAACGAUGCGUUCAUCCAAAAUCUGCGCGAACUUCAGUAUGACGGAUUUUUUAACAAUCUUCGCGCUGCUGCAUCGUUUAUCUGUCCUGAACUAUUGAAGUUAACGCGAAUUUCAUCGUUGAGCCCUGAGAUGAUCCGAUUCGUAACGGACAUUGUAACGAAGCAAAUUGAGCACCGUGAAAAGAACAAGGUUACCCGAAAAGAUUUCAUUCAACUGCUUAUCGAUCUUCGUCGAGAGGAUACCAACAAUAACGAAGCAGCUUUGGGUUUCGAAGAGUGCGCAGCAAACGUAUUCUUGUUUUAUGUAGCUGGUUCGGACACAUCCACAAGUGCCGUCGCAUUCACACUGCACGAGCUGACCCAAAAUGCGGAAACCAUGGGAAAACUACAGACGGAAAUCGAUGAAAUGUUGGUGAAAACUAGUGGCGAACUGACUUAUGAUGGAAUUAAGGAGAUGUCCUACCUAGACUUGUGUGUCAAGGAAACCCUUCGAAAGUAUCCAGGCCUCGCAAUUUUGAAUCGUGAAUGCACCAAAAGCUAUGCCGUUCCCAACUCGGACAUCUUACUCAAGAAGGGAACUCAGGUUGUGAUCCCAUUGCUGGCGUACGGUAUGGAUGAAAAAUAUUUCCCAGAACCGGACCGAUAUCUUCCAGAGAGGUUUGACAAAUCUACGAAAAACUACGACGAAAAGGCAUUCUAUCCAUUCGGAGAAGGUCCUCGGAAUUGUAUAGCUUUCAGAAUGGGCGUAAUGGUUUCCAAGAUUUGUUUGGUUUUGCUUCUGUCCCGAUUCAACUUUGAAGCCACCCGAGGUCCGAAAAUCGACUUCACUCCUUCAACAGUGGCCCUGCUACCCAAGGGUGGCAUUCCGGUGAAGAUAUCGAUUCGCUGAAUAGAGAACUUGUGCGAAGACAAUAUGGGACUUCAUUGGCAUCGAGGCUUUGUGGGCUCCUCCAUUUGUUAUUUUGAAGUAAUAUAACUUAGUUUCUAGCAUAUAUUUUGCGAACUUACAGUCAAUAUUCAGGGGUAGGAGUUGCUGAUGUUCUACUACUUCGAAAUUGUGAGAGGCAUAGGUAUGCACGAAUGCAAUAUGACGCGAACAACUUCGAUGACGCAUUAACAGGUUUUUCCAACCUAAGCAAAAAUACAAAAACAAAUGUUUUCAUUAAAAAAGAACUUAGGAGAUUUCAUUUAUGACGGUAUUUAUAUAUAUAAUAAUAAAUGGACAAGCUUUCAGGUCUUCUGCACACGUCGAUAAAAUAAUGUUAAUAUAAAGCGUAGCAGAUGCACAUAAAAGAAGCGACCCGUUAGACUAAAAUGUACGCCUGUUCUUAAAUUCAUAUGAUUACAGAUAUUUAAAAAAUACACGUCAAUAGACAAUAAAAAUGGACAAUAAAAAUAAAUAACUUUUA